GUUGUUGCAUAGGAAACAGCUGAAGAGUCUCCACAGGACAGAGGGGGAAGGAGGAAGUGGGGCGGCCCGUAGGGCGCCGCCAGCGCGCCGGUAGCCGUGGGGCUCGGAGCUCGGGCGCCCGUCGCUCUGCGCGUCCUCCCGAGGUGGGCGAGCCUCGCAGUCCGGGCUGAGCGCGGCCGGAGAGCCCUCCGGGCCCAACUCCCCUCGCCAGGGGGAAGCGGUGGCGGCGCUUGCAGAGCUUCCCGCCAGCCCGCCGCGGGGCAUGAACGGCUUCGCCCCCGAGGAGCUGCCCCAGCGCGGGGCCGACCCCGCCGCCGCAGCCGCGGUGAGCGGUGCGGGCUCCGUGUCGGAGGUGCCGGCGGGGCUGGCGCCCCCGGGGCUGGCUGCGGGAGCCGCGGGCUCGGCGGGCGCGGCCGGGGCGGGCGGCCCCGGGGCCGGGCAGCUGUGCUGCCUGCGGGAGGAGGGCGAGCGGUGCGGCCGCGCCGCCGGCAACGCCAGCUUCAGCAAGAGGAUCCAGAAGAGCAUCUCCCAGAAGAAGGUGAAGAUCGAGCUGGACAAGAGCGCGAGACACCUUUAUAUCUGUGACUUCCACAAAAACUUAAUUCAGAGCGUGAGAAAUAGAAGGAAGAGAAAAGGCAGUGAUGACGAUGGUGACUCACCAGUGCAAGACAUCGACACUCCAGAGGUUGAUUUAUAUCAGUUACAAGUGAACACACUUCGAAGGUACAAAAGACACUUCAAGCUACAGACCAGACCGGGACUUAACAAAGCACAGCUUGUUGAAAUCAUUGGCUGCCAUUUUAGGACAAUUCCAGUGAAUGAAAAGGACACCUUAGCGUAUUUCAUCUACUCGGUCAAGAAUGACAAGAACAAACCAGAUCUAAAGAUGGAUAGUGGUGUUCAUUAGGCAGCAAAAAUUGGGACUGAGACUCAGGCCGCAAAUCAAAAGACUGAGGGUUUUUGUUGAUAUGCAAAAGCUUUCUUUGUAACUUUUUCUCCCCAGAGAGUUUCUCUGUUUUAUUUUUUCAUAACCUUGAUGAUUUGUUUGAAAACCAUCUCUUAUGAAACAAAUUUCCUCACAAACUAUUUUAAAUAAAUAUUACUGAUAUUGUUGCUCAA